AUGUCUCACUUCCAUACUCUCCCGUUUAGUGAAACAGGGAGCGCAUUCAUCGGAGACCUCAAAUACUUCAGCCUAAAAGGCGUCUUCUCUGCCCCCUCAAUGGGCUCCACCUGCCUCCCGGCCCUCAUCUUCUGCCCCUACCAACUCAUGUUCACUGCUGCCACACCCAUGAUUGCACUUGGUGCCCUUGCUGAACAUGGAAGUGUGUAUCUUGGGAAGAGGAAGGGGUGGGGAACAGAGAGGGUUAUGUAUAAGCCACAUAAUGCAACGUAUGUUGUGCUUAGAGUUGUGUUUCUGUGGUUUGGAUGGUUUGGAUUCAACGGCGGGAGUGGCCUCACUUGGAUGCUGUGGGACUACUGCCUUGAGCGAAAAUGGUCUGUCAUUGGGUUCUGCUCUGGUGCUAUUGCUGGUUUAGUCGCCAUUACACUCACGUCUGGGGUACAGCUUGCAGAUAGUGUUACGGGUGUUGCGUAUACGUUUGUGGUGACUAGUGUUAUAUUGUGGGUUAUGCAUUGGAUCUCGGGGUGUCAGUUACAUGGCUCGGAGGAGGCAGAGGUGAGCAGGCUGGAUGAGUGGGAUAUGGGAGAGUUUGCAUAUGAUUAUGUUGGGUUUGAGAAGGGGAGUGAUACUGAUAGUGUGAGUGGCAGUUUGGGGGAGAAGGGGGUUGAGGUGAGUGCGGUACCGGCGUAUUAG